AUGGCUUUCCUCACACCCGAUGACUACACGAUCGCGUGGAUAUGCGCCUUGCCCCUCGAGGCGGCAGCGGCCCGCGCCAUGCUCGACGAGGCCCACACUCCACCUCAACUAUCGACUGACUCCAACGCCUACGAAUUUGGCGAACUAAGCGGGCAUUAUAUAGUUAUUGCCUACUUACCAGCUGGCGUGUACGGGAAAGUGUCUGCUGCGGCUGUCUUAUCUCGCAUGCGGUCAACCUUUCGUCGGCUUCAGUUUGGACUGAUGGUGGGAAUUGGAGGAGGGGUCCCGGGAAAAAACAAUGACAUUCGACUAGGUGAUGUGAUUGUCAGCAAACCAGGUCGUAAUCAUAGUGGGGUGGUACAGUAUGAUUAUGGCAAGGUGGUUCAGGGCGGGCAAUUUGAACUAAUGGGCACCUCAAACAAACCACCACCGACUCUUUUGACACGUUUAAGUCAACUUGAGGCAAAACAAAUAACUGGCAGCGGUGAGGAUACUUUAUUGAAAACAGUAUCUGAAGUACUGGAGCAAAACCCAAACAUGAAGGGGAGAUUCUCGCUUCCAGAUCAGCACACGGAUUUUCUCUUUUGUUCUACCUAUCACCAUGUUGACAAGGAAGAUAAUUGCGAAAAGUGUGAUAAAGAGCAACUGGUUAAAAGACCAAUGCGGGAUACAAGGGUACCAUUUGUUCAUUAUGGCCUGAUUGCAUCCGGGGAUCAGGUGAUGAAGGACUCAGGAACACGAGACUCUUCCGACUCUUGUGAUUCCCAUAAGCAGAAACAGUGGCAAGGAUAUGCAGCAUUAACAGCAGCUGCGUACACAAAACUAUUGUUAUCAAUCAUGCCUGUUUGCCAUACAGAUUCUGGGUUAUUAAAGGGCAAACAUGUGCAGCACUUCAUGGUCCCGCUAGCAAGAAAUCCAAAAUUUGUGAGUCGCCAGACUGAAAUCACAAAGCUGGAAGAAUUACUUGCAAUGCAAGAUGGUCCCAGGAGAGUUGCAAUCACCGGUUUAGGAGGGAUCGGGAAAACACAAGUAGCCCUAGAGGUGGCACACCGCAUACAUGACCGAGAUAAGGAGUGCUCAGUUUUCUGGAUCCCGUGUACUAGCCAUGCAAUAAUAGAGCAAACAUUCCUGAAAGUUGCGCAGACACUAGGACAAUAUCUUAUAAAGGCAACAGAGAUUAAGGAACAGAUCAAGUUAUACCUCAGCUCUGAGCAUGCAGGAAAGUGGCUGCUGGUUUUUGAUAAUGCAGAUGAUAUAAAUAUGUGGUUAGCAGCCAAUGAUACAGCUCCGCCUUUUGAGGACUUCCUUCCUCAAAGCGACCAAGGCCGUAUCCUGUUUACUACGCGAAACCGAAAACUCGCCAUGAAGCUGGCGCCGUUCAAUAUUAUUCCGAUUCCAGAUAUGGAUAAGGAAACCGCAUUCCAAAUUUUGAGGAAAACAUUGGCACACGAGGACUUGCUCAAGGAUGAUAUAACAGCAGCUACUCUCCUAGAGCAACUGGCCUUUCUUCCCUUGGCAAUUACACAGGCAUCAGCAUAUAUUAUUGAAAACAAUAUAAGCCUGUUUAACUACCUUGCUAUUCUCCAAGAGCAGGAACAAGAUGCUGUGGAGCUCCUUAGUGAAGACUUCAGGGAUCCAGGGCGAUAUAAGGAUAUCCAAAACCCUGUUAUGACCACCUGGUUAAUAUCAUUCAAGCAGAUUCAGCAUCAAAAUCAACUGGCUGCAGACUAUCUAUAUUUCAUGGCCUGUAUUAAUCCACGAAACAUUCCCCAGUCUAUUCUCCCUCUCCAAACAACCAAGAAACAGAUGCUCGACGCUCUCGGGCUUCUAAACGCAUACUCAUUCACCAACAUCCAAGACACGGGUAUAAGUAUGCACAGACUUGUGCAUAUUGCAACUCGGAACUGGCUUAGAAAUAACGGGAUAAUUGGUCACUGGAUCCGAAGGGUGGCUGAUCGGAUAGAGGGGAUUUUUCCAGAUAGUCAUCACACUAAUCGGGAACUCUGGCGAGAAUAUCUCCCACAUGCCCUAGCACUUGUGCAAGAAAAGGAGUUCAUUAUGAAACAAAACACUGCGUUAGUUGGUAGAAUUGCAGAUUGCCUUGUUAGUGAUGGAAGAUAUCAAGAAGCGGAAGCUCUACACAAGGAACUGAUGGAAAUCAAUCAAGAGCGAAAUGGGCCCGAUCAUCCCUCCACUCUGAACAGCAUGGCAAAACUGGCAUCAACAUACCACAAACAGGGACGAUGGAAUGAAGCUGAGAAGCUGGAGGUGCAAGUACUAGAGUCAAGGAAGACAGUACUGGGAGCCGAGCAUCCAUCCACUCUAACCAGCAUGGCAAAACUGGCAUUUACAUACUACAAACAGGGACGAUUGAAUGAAGCUGAGAAUCUGGAAAUGCAAGUAUUAAAGACAAGGAUGACAGUACUGGGAGCCGAGCAUCCUGAUACUCUAAACAGCGUAGAGAACCUUGCUUACGCCUGGAAAAAUCAAGGAAGGCUUCCAGAUGCCCUAGCUUUGAUUAGAGAAUAUUGUCGGCUACGUAACAGCACAUUAGGCCUAGAUCAUCCAGACUCCAGAAACUCGUCUCAUGCUCUUGGUGACUGGCAGGAUGAGCAUAAUUUGUUGCCAAAUUAUAAAUAUCCACCUGCGUCCACUCUAACCCAAAAAUUGGAGCAUCCCCAGGACCAGGAGCUUAUAGCGCGGCAUACUCCAGCUACAGUGACGAUACAUCCAUUUCAUGAAGAGCACGUCGCUUUGACUCACACCCAGAGACGAUUAGCGGCAGGACUUCUUUUCCUAGAUCACCCACUUAUCAUGGCUUCCAGAGCAUUCUCACCUGCGCCAGGAGGCCAUGACUUACAAGAAGUUGAUUGA